AGAUGAUGUUUACGUAUAUAUUUAGUUGUAUAGUAACGGCUCUAAAUAGACGCAAUCAUUUUGGCAGUGGUCAAUGCGUUUGUACAAAGAAUUCUGGGUAAUGUGAUUUGCUUUUUUCAUGAUGCCUCUUAAAUUGGAUUAAACAGAAGGAUGGGCCGAUAUUCUCCUGUUUUAUAUUAACAAAAGAAUAAUUAUAUCCAUGUAGAGGCCACGGACAUGUCAUCAAGCGAGUUCUCCGAGGGCUAUCGGCGAUCCUCCAAUCCACGACGGGUUCUCCGGGAGGCAUGGAGCCCAACGCAGGACCAACAGCCCUCUAACUAUGACAACUACAACUACCAACAACGUUCCCCGCGGGAGGCGCCACGAUACUCACCCCGACAUCACACGAGGGUCCACCCCAUUAAUGACGGGAGCCAAUAUGGAGCCAUUAGUCAAGGGGGUGGAGGAGCUGCUGCAGGAGCAGGGGCAGGAGGUGGAGCAGCAGCUGGGGGAGGAGGGAGUACCGUGUGUAUGGUUGCUUCCAUAGCUGUUCUUUCGACCCUGAUCAUAGUCGGAGCAACACUGGUCGUUGUUUAUUUUACAACAGACAUUCAAUUUGGCAGUUCGUCAUCGGAGACCACAACCGCGGCAACGAUAACAACAUCACCUGCAUCAGAAGCUGUAUUAACCAAUGCUCCUACAACUAUUGCUGCAGCCAUUACCGGCCAACCUGCAAGCUCACCAGAAUCCACGACUACACAGGCUUCCACGACUCAAGGGUCGUCAAAUGCACCUACCAAGGCCAUGACGGCAGGAGUUGCCACGACAAACCCAGACAGCUCUGCAGCAAGCUCGACAUCAAGUGAUGCACACAUCACGGCUGCAGUUGCUACUUCUCAAUCAGACAGCACAGCCUCAACUUUGACGUCAACAUAUCCACCUACCACAGCAGGAGUUGCUACCACACAACCAGACAACACUGUAGCAACGUUAGGGUCAACUGAUUCACCUGUCACAGCAGGAGUUGCUACUGUAGCAUCUGGUAGCACAGCAUCAACGUUAACUUCAACUAAUUCACCUAUUACAGCAGCAGUUUCCGCAACGCAGCCAGACAGCUCUACAGCAACAUCAGCAACUUUCACCACUACGUCUACAACCGCGACCGCGAGUGGUGUAUCGAGCACACAAACUUUAAACACUGAUACAACACCAAGUAGUACGGUUCCUAGCAGUUCAAGCCUUACAACCUCAAAUACACCGACAACAAUCCCGGAGUCUACAGUACAAUCUUCCACAUCUGCAACAACUGCCACCCCGGUCUCAACACCAACCGAUUCACCCAAAGCAACCACAUCUUCCAGUACCGCACAGUCUGUCAGCUCCUCAACCAAUCCAUCCAACAAGGCUACAACAGUGGACAUUGGUACAACACAAGAAGUACAGUCAACGGCCGACACAGCCACGACAACAACCAAGUCCCAUGUUGCUACAACAAACAAAGAGGUCACAACAGAGGAAGAUGUCACAACACAGGAAGAGGAUGAGUUGACGUAUUCCAUGACAACUGUUGACUCCUCGAUCUUGACAACCGAAGACUCGUCGGACCAGACCGGACCUACCGCAGGUGCUUACACCGAAAAUACAGAGGUUACAACUGAAGAGUUGACCGCAACUCCCACAGAUGCAACAACCGCCGACACUUGAAGAAAUAAUAUAUGCCUAACUAAGAAUUAACUGAGAGUAUUUGCAUACACAGAUCCGUCCUUUGUUAGAUCUCAAGUUGGGCAUGGUAGCUCAGUGGUAGUUCACCCCCGGCCCUCCCCCCAUUUUGAAAGAAACACUCAAAAACGAAGGAGCGAAGCGACCGCGCUUGUCUUGGGGGCACUAUUGCAUUUUCUAAAGUGAAAUCGAAGGAUUUUGUGCUCACUUUUUGGUAAAUUGUGUGAAAAUUUUCAGGGAAAAUAGAGCUUUGAAAAUUUCUGGUGGGGACGACUGACUCCCUGCCCCCUAUGGGUAUUGUAGUAUGUUCUUUGUUGACCUAAGAUAAGAGCUAUUCCACCAUCUUUACUGAAUACAUUCCGGUAAACAGCCCCAAACCAGACGGCGCAUUACAAAUGCUCUUGCCUCAUCCAGAAAUUUAAAAAUAACACCUUUUAUAAGAUAUUUUCACAAAUUUUAUGAAUAUUUUGUCUUUCUAAUAUUUGAUCGGACCCCAAUCGUAUAGACCGAAUUUUUAAUCGUAUAGGAAUUUAGAGUGUACUUGAAAUCUACUCCAUACUUUGAACGCGUGUUUAUUUGCUGUGAAUAUUUUGUAGAAGCUAUUGUAAAUAGUGGUGAGUGCAUUAUCAAAAUAUUUGUAUAUAUUUGUUUCGACAUUCCUGUAUUUUAGGGGAAAAAAGAAACUUUUUUUUAUCAAACUAUACUCUCUAUAGCUUUAAAACAGAUUUUAAAAUAAAUUAUGUUUGACGUCAA